CUCUGCAAUCUUCUAGAUUGCCAAAAAAAUAUCAGUUAUCUUUUCUCUCUUGCGAACCCUAGAUCGAAUCAUGUCAGGAGGGUACGGUCAAGACGGCGGCGCGCCACCGUCCUACGGAGCUAGCGGUGGCUACGGUUCUGCCGGUGGUUACGGAGGCGGUGCCGGUGGAGUUGAUGCUUAUGGUAGCGGUGGCUACGGAGGAGGAAGCGCUGGUGCUGGUGACGGCAGUGGAGGUUAUGGAGCAAAAGGCAGUGGCAACGGAGGAUAUGGUGGUAGCGAUGGUGGAGGUUAUGGUGGAAGGAGCGGGUAUGGUGGUGGCAACGAUGGCGGAGGCUAUGGAGGAAGGGGAGGAAGCGGUGGCGGCGGUGGCGGUCGAGGAGGUGGAGGUUACGGUGGUGGAGGUGGAUAUGGUGGACGAGGAGGUGGUAGUGGUUUUCAAGGUGGAGAUCGGGGUAGUGGUCGUGGCGGCCGCGGUGGUGGUAGCGGUGGUAGAGACGGAGAUUGGCGUUGCCCAAACCAAAGUUGUGGGAACAUGAAUUUUGCAAGAAGGACUGAAUGUAACAAAUGCGGUGCUCCAUCUCCUACUGGUGGUACUGGCAAUGACCGUGGAAGCGGUGGAGGUGGUGGAGGUGGUGGUUAUAUCAGAGGAGGAAGCGGUGGUGGUGGUGGAGGUGGGGGAUAUGGGAAUAAUCGAGGAGGUAGAUCAGGGAACUAUGAUGGAGGCAGAGGUAAUGACUACACUAGUGGAAGGGGCAAUGAUAGUAGAAGUGGAGGGGGCAAUAGGGGGAGUUCAUUCAGUGGUAGUCAAGGUAGGGAUGAUGGUGGAUAUGGUCAAGUUCCUCCUCCUACUGCCCCAUCAUAUGGUGGUGGUGCUGGUGGAAACUACCCACCUUCUUAUGGUGGGAAUGCAAGCUACGGAACAGAUGCAGUUCCUCCACCUACAGGCUAUACUGGUGGACCAAAUUCAUAUCCUCCUUCAUACGGGGGUAGCGUGGGUGGUUAUGGUGGGGAUAAUCAAGGUGAUGCACGGAGUGGUGGUAGGUCUGGGCCUCCAGCUGGUAAUCGGGGUGGAUUUGGUGUAGCUCCUGCUGAGUCCCCAGCUACGGUGAAGCAGUGUGAUGAGAAUUGUGGGGAUACAUGUGACAACUCUAGAAUCUACAUAUCAAACCUACCAACAGAUGUGACUAUUGAAGAAUUGAGGGAUCUCUUUGGAGGCAUUGGACAAGUUGGAAGAAUAAAGCAGAAGAGGGGUUAUAAAGAUCAGUGGCCAUGGAACAUUAAGAUUUACACGGAUGAAAAUGGAAACAACAAGGGUGACGCUUGCCUUGCUUAUGAAGAUCCCUCUGCAGCCCAUUCUGCUGGCGGUUUUUACAACAAUUAUGAUUUGAGGGGUCACAAAAUCAGUGUUACUAUGGCAGAAAAAUCUGCACCAAGGCCUGCAUUUAACCAGGGGGGCAAUAGGGGUGGCUACGGUGGAGGUGGAGAUAGGCGCCGAGAUAAUUACAAUUCUGGUCCUGAUAGGCGUGAUUAUAGCGGGAAUCGUUCACGUCCUUACUAGAUGCUUCGACGCUGAAAGUUUUAUGUACUAUGAACUGUGGUCUGGGGUUUGUUAUUUCAGUUGGCUGGUUUCUUGAACUGGAUGCAAAGAGGUAGGUUGUUCACUUACUUUGAGCAAGGCCUCUUCGCUCCUUUUUGUUUAUAACUAGCUGGUGGGUUUUGUCUUUUAGUCAGAGGGAUUAAUUAAAUCAUGUCAAUGUUUUUUUAGAGGCAAGUGGAUAGUCUCCAAAUUUCUUGCUGCUAAGGUAGGUUGAUUAUUUCAGGUGAGUGCUGCUUUCAUGCAAACGUGCUUUAUACUUGCUUGGAAAUUAAACCAUGUGUCAUUAUGUGGAUAAUUGGCAAAUGCUUGCAUCCAUGGCUCAUACCAUGUGGCAUGUGGUGCAAGCAAUCUAUGACAUUACUUAAUAGAAUGUUGCUGGCUUUGAAUAGUUGAAUGUUCAAUGUUUUUUCAGUUAUAAUACCAUGGAUCAAUAAAUCCUAAAUUUUGUAUUUCAA